UAGUACGGCAUGCCGUAUUUGUAGUCACUUCGAUCUUUUUAAGCGAUAUUAUCAUAAAUUGUUAUUUAUAAAUAUUAUGAGUACUUGUCGUCGUAUAAGUUUAUUAUAGUACUAAAAGAAAAAGAUUUUCAUACAUGCCAUUAUGUUUUUUUCUGAACUUUAAAAGAUGGACUUGCUAAAAUUUGUUGUGCUUUUACUGAUGUUUGAGUCUAUUGAUGCUAACAAAAGUCUUGUAAUGGCUCAUUUGGUCCAUCGUCAUGGUGCACGUUCUCCAAUUUAUUUUUUUCCUAAAAAUCAGUUUGUUAAUCAAUGGCCUGUUAAUCCUGGAAUGCUCACAAAGAUAGGAAUGAACAUGACAUACAGAUUAGGAGAGUUUUUAAAAAAGCGUUAUAUAGUUGAAUCUGGUUUUAUUAAUGAAAGCUAUGUACCAAAAGAGGUUUAUAUCCGAAGCUCAGAUGAAUCAAGAUGUUUACAAAGUGCAGAAACAGAACUAGCAGGUCUUUUCCCACCAAUUGGAUAUCAGGUUUGGAAUAAGGAUAUUAAUUGGCAACCUAUACCUAUUCAUUCAGUUCCAUUUGACAGUGACCCGGUUUUGCGACCAGAUGAGACUAAUUGUCCUCGCCUUAAAGAAAUAUUGCAUCAAUUGACAUUAAAAUCUGAAUAUAUUAAAAAGGAACAUGAUAAUCAGAAUUUUCUUAAAGUUUUAAGUGAUUACACUGGAAUGAAAGUUGAUUUUACAAAUAUUUGGAUAGUUGAUGAUGUCUUUAAAUGUGAAGCAGCUCAAGGUUUUAGUCCACCAAAAUGGUACAAAGAUAUAGAGAUGCAACUUCAAGAUAUAUGUUCAUGGGUGUUUUUGUAUCAAUAUAAGAACGCUGAUGACGAGCUAGGAAGAUUAUUGGGAGGUACACUUCUGGACUGGAUAAAUACUAAUAUGAGAAAUUUUAAAACUAAAAGAUCUUAUGAUGAGUUGUACAAGCUUUCAAUUUUUUCAGGGCAUGAUUCGUCAAUACUGGCUUUAGCAGCUACAUUUGGUUUGGAAAUGACAGCACUAACAUUUGCAUCUUGUUUUAUGAUUGAAAUUUACGAAGAUAGCAACGGAAUUAAAAAUUUGGUCCCUUGUAUUUUUGAUACUAAUCUUGUUACUUAAGGUAACGCUGUUAGUCCUAAUUAUUUGUAGGAGAAAAGUUUUAAAUCGGUUGAAGCUUUAUAACUCUUCGCUAAAAAGUGAACUCGAACAACUAUUAGCCGAAUAAAAUAGUGAACUCGGACAGCUAUUAGCCGAAUAAUCCGCAAGAAAGAUUUUUUUAAUGUAUAUAUGAACCCACAUAUAAUUUCAAUAUUUAUAUUUAUUGUUAACUUUUGGUUGUUUCUUUACUCAUCAAAUUAUGUGUUAUUGUUUAUCAAUUAAAUGAUAUUAGUUUCAAUUAAAUAACAUGCAAAACACUCUCAUACAUAUACACACAAGAGUAAUAAUUCCUUCAUUUUCGAUUGUUAAAAUAAAAAGUGUCGGUGCUGUAGCUUUUUGUAGAUAUGUUCAAUUAUAUAAAAGUUUUUUGUAUUUUUAAAAUGUUUAUUUAUAAAACAUUUGUUUGUGCUUGAUGUAUCUUAUAAUAAUGAACAAGAUUUGUUAUAUUUA